AUCGGUGCCAUAGUCGCCUUGGUAGGUACUAUACCGCCCGUAACACCGAGACCAGUAAGGUGUUACGUACGACCCACUGGAACCCCCCUUACGUACAUUAGACUGUGGGCUGACGGCGUCGGCAUUCUAUGACCUGAGUAGGCAGGCUGAACCCCUGUUGAAAUGGCUCAUAGGUUAAUGUCUCCACCGCCCCCGUCUCGUUAAAACCUUGGCAGGCCUCGUUUAACGCUUCCUGGCCGUCCCACUAUGGUGGUUGCGUAGGCUUGGUUGAUUCAUAUCCCAACUAGCACCGAUCUGGCUCUGAACCCUGGUGCUCAUAAGGCCCAGGGUCAACCCUCGCAUGGACCUCACUCCACGGAAAGACACCCAUGGGAUCACCACGGUGACUACGUACGCGGCCAGGAAUAACGAACUCGAGUGGAGAUUCUUUUUACAUGGACAACACCCCUCAUACACCAAACACACAGAUAGAGAAGAGGACUGAGGACGCAGUCUUUGGUAGGCGCAACGCCCUUACCAGAUCCCCACCAUCGUCAGCACCUGCGAAAGCUCAGGGCUCGAGCAUUUUCAAGCCCGGCCCGGAUGGCAAAGAGAAGGAGCGACCGCACUCUGACCCAUUAGAGCUGCUAAAAAACCUGGGUACUCGGGCCAAUGAGCUGGUCAAGAGGAUGAACGACUAGCGGCAUGUGGACAACGUGAUGAAAGAUUUAGCCCUGAGAGUUAACCCUUCAGGCCCUGGUGGUCAACAAUUUCGAGAAGCUGCACACCAGGACAAUUGGGACCGCCACUACUGGUACCCAAACAGCUGCGAAGCCGCCGCACACCGGCUCAAAGAGUCUGCGCGAGUCGCCUCAAAUGGCUGCGGAGCCCACAAAGAGGCAGAGAGGCACAAAGCUUCAACAAGCGUCGACCCAGCUCAAACCGCCGGCGUAGUCCCAGGAUGAAGUAACCCCCUCGGGUACAGUGGACCAUGGUGCCACCCCAGCCGCUAAGAAACAGCUCAAGUGGCAGCAGGUGGGCCCUAGGGUAAGGAAAAAAAGGGAGCCCCGUGAGCGCGAGCCAAGGCCAGACGCAAUAAUCAUUCAACCCCAGGGCGAGCUUAGCUAUAGCGACAUCCUCCGUAUGGUCACCAGGCGCCAGGAUGGCAAGCUGCAGGAGGUAGGGGAUAAUGUUAACAGAAUCCGGAGGACAGCAAAGGGCGAGCUGCUGCUCGAGCUCAACGGCGCGAGCAAAAGCAACACAGCUAAGCUCAAGGAGGAUAUCAGCGCGGCACUGGGACUGCAGAUGGGCAUCAGGGCGGUGUCAGAAGAACUCUGCGUGGAGGUCAGGGAUCUCGACAGCCUGGUCGAGAAGGAGGACAUCGCAGCAGCGAUAGCUGCAUCGAUAGACGCCCCCAGCGUGGACACCAGCACCAUUAAAAGCCUGAGGCCAUCGUUCGCUGGUACGCAACUGGCAGUUGUGUGCCUGCCGCCCGUGCAGGCAAGAGCCCUGCUCAUGGUGGGGAAACUCAAAGUCGGAUGGACAAGCUGUAGGAUCCGGGAGCGGACAGCUCAACGACGAUGCUACUGGUGUCUGGAGUUUGGGCAUCUAGCAAUCAGGUGCAAGAGCGCGGUGGAUCGCACCGGAUGCUGCCUCAGAUGCGGCGUGAACGGGCACAAGGCGGCAACCUGUCAAAGCGAUCCGCGGUGUUUCAUCUGCACCGCUAUGCGGGUAGCAGGAGAUGUCCAGCAGCCAGGAGCGUGCCAUAUCAAACUAGGGAGUCCCCUGGGUUCAUCUUGGAUGCCACCAAAAAGGCCGCGAUAAGGCUAUGCGGGGCCACGCCAUUGCAGCUUUCCCUCUCAAGCGCUGCUGCUGGGUUUGUGCGCGCCAAGGUCGGAGGUGUGUGGAUAUACAGCGUCUACCUUGCCCCAAGCCUGACGCUCUCCGAGUUCGCAGGUACUCUAGACAACCUAGCGGCUGAUGCUAGAGGACGUCACCCAGUAGCCAUUGGAGGGGACUUCAACGCGUGGGCUGAGGAGUGGGGAAGCGUGGCGACGAAUGCGAGAGGUAGAGCUCUGCUGGAGAUCAUUGCGCCCCUGGACAUCGCGCUCCUCAACGAGGGAAACCAGCAUACCUUCUCCAGAGCAGGAAUAGGAUCGGUCAUCGACCUUACAUUUGUCAGCAGCUCACUUUUUAAUUCAUCGGGCUGGAGCAUCAGCAACAUCUACACAGGGAGCGACCACAGGGCAAUUAUAUGGGACACAGGCCAACAGACGUCUAGCGUAGAGACAGCUGCGCCCAGAUGGAGAUGCUAUCGCGCCGAAACGCUCAAUACGGCCCUGUUCAUGGAGCUUAUGUCCAACCUCACGGCGAAUGGAAAUGCUGAAUGCAUGGCCAACCAUGUCAUGGAGCAUCUGGAGGCAGCAUGCACUGCCACCAUGGCGCAGAGGAAGCACUACGGUCGCCACCACCAACCUGUGUUCUGGUGGAACUAGGACAUUGCCGCGCUACGCCGGGAAUGCAACCAAGCUCGACGCCGCUACCAGCGCUCGCGCGGAAGCACUGCCUUUCCGCAAUGGCAAUCCACGUUUAGGGACUGCAGAAGGGCCCUCAAGGCGGCCAUUAGGGAUAGCAAGCGCCAGUGCUUCCUCAAGUUAUGCGACUCUGCGGAGCAGGACCCAUGGGGAAGGGCGUACAAAUUGGUGACGAAAAAACAUUGCGCCAAGAGGCAGGCACCCCCAUCGGACCCCGACACGACAAGAUCCAUCGUGUAGGAACUCUUUCCGCACAGGGCUGACCACAUCGGGGAUGUCCGUUGCCUCACACUGCAACCGCACAGUCAGGCACACAUCGAGGAGGUGUCACUCGAGGAAGUCGAACGCGCAGCCAGGAGCAUCAGCCCGAACAAGGCUCCUGGGCCGGACUCUAUCCCGAACAGAGCCCUCUUGCUCGCCCUCUCCACGCGUCCGGACAUCUUUGCGAAGCUGCUAAAUCAGUGCCUUCGGGAAGGAGUGUUCCCUGUGAGGUGGAAAGUACAGAAGCUAGUGCUUAUUCCCAAGCCAGGAAAGCCGCCGGGGACAGCGUCGUCGUAUAGGCCUAUCUGCCUGAUCGACACCGCGGGUAAACUGCUUGAGAAGGUGGUUUGCGCGCGACUGGAACGCUCCAUCGCGGAGGCUGGCGACCUCUCACCGCACCAAUACGGCUUUCGCAAUGCCCGAUCCACGAUAGACGCCGUUCGUAAGGUGGUGGACAUUGCCUCCGGUGCAAUUGCCGGCACUCGGUGGAAAGGCGGCGGGAAAGAGUACUGCCUAGUAGUCACACUAGACAUUAAGAACGCGUUCAACACGGCGAGGUGGAGCUGCAUCCUAAGGGCGCUGGAGAGUUUCGACACACCCAGGUACCUGCAGCGGAUGGUACAAAGCUACUUUGAGAGAAGGCUGCUUUUGUACGACACGCAGGCUGGCACGGAGGAAUACGAGGUAUCGGCAGGCGUCCCGCAGGGUUCAGUGCUUGGCCCCACUCUGUGAAACGCAAUGUAUGACGGCAUCUUGCGACUCAGCCUCCCCCACGGAGUACACAUGGUGGGUUUUGCAGACGAUGUGGCUGUCCUAGUGGUGGCAAAAGACCUGUCCGUCGUGGAAACGACCUGCAACCAAACGAUAGCGCGCAUUCAACAGUGGCUGGACCUGGUCGGGCUCGAACUCGCACCCCACAAAACAGAGGCAGUGCUGGUAUCCAGCCGGAAGAAAGUCGAGACGGCCAACAUCUCAGUGGCAGGUACCCUGGUUUCGUCUAAGCGCGCUAUCAAAUACCUUGGUGUCCUGGUGGACACACGUCUCUGCUUUCGGGAGCACUUGGCCUACAUGGGCACGAAGGCGGCGACCACCAACGGUGCGCUCUUGAGGCUAAUGCUGAACACCCGAGGACCAAAGCAAUGGCGGCGACAACUGCUAACGAGUGUCAUGAGAUCGGUGAUGCUAUAUGCGGCGCCAAUCUGGGCAAAGGCCCUUCGAACAGCGAGCUACGCACGGGGUCUGGCAGCCACGCACCGCCUCUCUUCGAUUCGGAUCAC